CUGGAGUAGCGCGCCGCAUCACUGACGCUUGCUGUGGCAGCCGCACGCGCUGCGAACGUGGCGUGCGCAGUGGAGACGGCGCGAUCGUGUGAACGCCAGUGCCCAUCCUGUGGAGGAGAGGGUUCCAUCAUUAAAGUUGGAGAUGUUCAUGCUGCAGCUGCAGGAAGAGGUGCUGGAUGCGGGUGUACUUGUGUGUUUGUGUCACACCGAGCUCUAAGGAGGUGUUGUCGCGUGAAGCAUCCUGCACGAGACGUCUGGAGGCUGCGGCUGUCCUCAUCACUUGGCCUCGACAAGCGCCCGGCCAGCUCCUGUGAAGGAUGAAGAUGUCGCAGCAGCAUCUCCGCUGAGAACGAUCGGACAGUUGUGUCUCUCCAGGCCUGAUGACUGUCAUCGAUUGAGUUAUCCUGAGUUUCCUCGCUGCAUCAGCGACUGCACGCGCCCCCAUGCGCUGGUGUCGAGACUUGCUGGACGCCCUCGGGCGCCGGAAACCCUGGGACGCCAGGAGUCUGAAGGAGACGGACUUCCGGCGCUCCCUCAACGCCCUUGACCUGGUUGCCAUAGGUGUCGGCAGCAGCGCGGGGGUCGGCAUCUACGUCCUGUCAGCUCACGUGACCGAAGGAGGAGGCGGGCCGUCUUCAGUUCUGUCAGUCAUACUGGCCAGUGUCGCUGCUCUACUCGCAGGGCUGUGUCAGGCUGAGCUUGCAGGCCGCCUGCCCCGCGCUGGCACCAGCUACACCUACUGCUACGUGGCGCUGGGAGAGUUGUGCGCCUUCGUGGUGGGCUGGGGGCUGCUGCUGGAGCACAUCCUCGUCGCCGCCAUGGCAGCCAAGGCCUGGGGACAAUACCUGGACUUCAUGCUCAACGACACUGUGACCAGCCAGAUGGAGCGCAUCACAUCCUGGAAACUUCCAGAACCUUUGGCGCCUCAGCCGGAUGUCCUGGGUAUGGCCCUCCUCCUGCUGGCGACAUUGGCUGCUCUCAUGUCUGUCAAGGCGUUCAGCGUGCUGAUGUUUGUGCUGACCGCCCUCUCGGGUUUGGUUCUCAUGGCCUUUGUGUCCGUGGGUUACUUUCACGUGCAGGCGCAUAACUGGACUCAGCCUCCGGGAUUCUUUGCAAACGGUCUGAGCGGUAUGAUGUCCGGGGCGGCCUUGCUGGUGGCCAUGUUCUCAGGGCUGAACCACGUGGCAGGCGCCAGCCAAGAGUCUCGCGAGCCUUGUCGUCACGUGCCCGCAGCCAUCUCCGCCAGCCUGGCUGUGCUCUUCGUCUCCAUGUUGCUGGCCACCACGGCCUUGACCCUGGCCUGCCCUUGGCAGGAACUCGCCUCACGUGCCCCGCUCGCUCGCGCCUUCGAGACCAAGGGCAUCUACGCCGCCAACGACGUCAUCGGCACGGGUGCCCUGCUGGGCUUGCUGGCCGCCGUGCUGGGCGGCCUCUUCCACCCGCCCAGACUGCUGAACAGCAUGGCAGCGGACGGGUUGCUGCCCCGCUGGGUGGGGCGGGUGUCCCUGGCCGCCACCCCAGUAGUGGGAGGACUGCUCUGCGGGGUGUUCGCGUCUGUGCUGGCCUUGGAUGCUGGAUUCCGGGCCACCGUCGAGAUGCUGGCCAUGGCCACGGCGCUGCAGUUUCUCACCUCCGCUUUCAUUGUGCUCUUCGUUCGGUACCAACCUGAACCCGUGGGCCUGUGCCGCGAGUACACUGACCUUGACCUGUCCCUGACCGAGAACUCACCUCCACCCCCUCCUCCCCCUGACUCGCCGAAGCUGCUGCUGAUGGUCAACGGGGACGUGCACGUCCAGUACAACCGCCGCCCGGACGGGUUCUCGCCACUCGCGGGCAAGGCGCAGACGUGCCGGACUCACGGGCACGAGUACCUGGAGACCUCGGCCCUCUUUUCAGAAGAUGGCAAGCGCGCGCACGUGGUGAAAUCCUCCAGUGUGUCUUCCUUCGUGCAGCUGCCAGCGAGCACCAAGAUGGCGCCGGACGCCGCGUCCUGGCAGACGACCCGCUACCUGUUACUGGUGUUUCUGCUGGCUGCGAGUUGUCUGGCCGCCACCAGCUUGGCCUGGCCCAUGCGGCCCUCCUCGUCCUGGUGGGCCGUGACACUGGCCUGUGUUAGUGCGGCCCUCAUGGUGGCUGCUGGUCUCGGUGUCGCUCGUCAGCCGCAAAGCAGUUUCCGCCUCUACUUCCGGGCGCCAUACGUGCCUCUCCUGCCCCUCCUGUCACUGCUGCUCAGCACCCUGCUCCUCGCAUCACUGCCUCUCAUGGCCUGGCUCCGCUUCACCGUGUGGACAGCUGUGGGUCUUGGUGCUGUACUUCCUGUACGGAAUCCGGCACAGCGUGCACCGUUCCCAUGACGACCAGGAGGUGGUCCUGUUUGACAUCUCCUCGAGGACUUACUGACUCACAGCACAGGUCGUGACUUUUUUCUGCCGCGCAUCCUGCGUCCCACGCGCUUCACGAUGACGACAGCAGGGAGCAGCAUCUCACCAAUCUUGCCAACCAAUCCGUGUUUCUCAAAGAGUCACGUGCACGGUUCCAUUCUGCAUCCAGGUGAAAGGUACAGCGGCUGCUGAUGUGAAUGACACGUGGGAUACGUUAUCUAACGGUUAACAAACAUGUCGGCGUGCAGUCGGCAUGGUUAAGAACUGUUGGAGGCAGACCCUCCCAUGGCGAUGUCCUCAUCCCGAGGGCAGAAGACGCCGAGGCCGCUGAAGGAAUCUCACUCACACUCGGCACAUCCAAAAAGCUUUUUUGUAAAUCGAAUUACUUUCCAGCAGUUUUGCAAUUCUGUAAACGAUAAAUUAAAAUUUCCAUACAGCUUAUUACUAAACUUCAUGUAACUAAUUUGUUGCUAGCAUGACAAAAGACGUUGACGACAACCACGAUGAUGAUGAUAAAGUGUAAAAUAAUUGCUGUUCUUUUCCACCUUCGAUGGGAGUAUUAAAAUCAUAUCAGUUUCUUUCUCUGUCCUUAUGAUUUUAUUUUGUUCCCUGUUUACACCUCUGUAGGACGUAUGGAUAGAUUCACUGACUGAUUUAUUUGUUAUAUUAAUUUUAUUGUUUAGUUACUCAUUGGUUCCUUCAUUUAUCCACCCACCCACCUAUCCAUUCAUUAUUUUCGAUUUUUUGGUAGCUCAAUUCCUUCUUUGUAAUAUUAGCUUGUCCAAUAUAUUCACCAAUGAGUUUCUGAUGAAUCAGUUUUGGCUUCAGUUCUUUUUCAUGGAAUUAUUUCUUCUUUCCAUCCUGUACUCAGCAAAGCUUUACGACGUGCAAUGUUAAUGUUGUCCAUGCUUGAGUCCCGCCUCGCCUGUUCCAUGAUAUUCUUGCCACAAUAUUUUCUUUAUGAUCAAUGUCAUGUUUCUGUGAGUCUUUGAGGUUGCCUCUCGUGUUUGUGUGCGCAAAACUUUCUCGUCAUGUCAUGGCACAAGAACUAGUAAUUUAUUGUGUGACAAUAAGAAUUGGUGUUAAUGACUUGCAGAAGGGUUUAGUGCAGAAAUUUGUUUCUAAGGUUUCUGAAAGUACCUUUUCUUCCUCCUCAAGGCAAGAAAUAUUGAUCCGGCCUUUCAUUUUUCUGUCUGCACAUUACCCUGCCAGUGGUGCGUGAAAAUGAUUACAGAAUAGUUGCCUAAUGCUGCAGCCAGUGGACAGAGGUUUGUAUUUUAAUAAAAUUGUGUGCGGGGGUGGUUCGUGUGGGAGGAUAACUGAUGGCCAGGGUGUGAGAUGAAAUGAAUCAACCGUGUGAGACGAGAAUAAUGGUAAGCAGGAGUCCAGCCAGACAGGAGUCCAGUGACCAAGCCUAACGAGAGAAAAACGGCGAUCCUUUUUCUCUGAUAAUGAAAGUGUUUAUCUUUCAGCUCCAUGAUCAUGAUGGAAAGAUGACGAUGAUGAUGAUGAUGAUGAUGAUGAUG